AUGUCUCCCCAAACGUUGGUUUCUUUGGGGUUCGCAAUCGCGGCGCUGUUCUUCUUCUGGACCUUAUCCUCAACGACAUCCUCGCCUUUCGCUCGGACAUUCCCCCGCCUUUACAAUAAGAGAAUAUGCCUCCUGAUCGCUCACCCUGACGAUGAAGCUAUGUUCUUUGCGCCAACAGUGCUUUCCCUGACGAAGCCCGAGCUAGGAAAUCAUCUCAAGAUUCUGUGUCUGAGUACUGGAGACGCCGACGGCCUCGGCCACAUCCGCAAACAAGAACUCAAGACAUCCGCCAUGCGCCUCGGCCUGCGCAGCGAAUCCGAUGUCUUCGUCAUCGACGAGCCCUCGCGAUUCCCAGACAGCAUGGCAACGGAAUGGUCGACGAACGACGUUGCUGCCCUGCUCGCCUCCGCAUUUACCCCUGAUGACAGCAGCAACACUACCACUUCCUCUUCUGCAUUUCGAAAACGAACCACCGGCGGCGCCGCCCAAGGCGCCGACACCCCGCCCCCCGCAACAAUCGACGUCCUCCUUACUUUCGACGCCCACGGCAUAAGCAAUCACCCUAACCACCGCUCGCUCUACCACGGCGCAGUGCAAUUCCUCCGCCUCCUCAUGAAAGACAAGCCCGGCGUUUCGUGCCCGGUGGCCUUGUACACGCUCACCACCACCAGCCUGCCUCGAAAAUACAUCGGGGUUCUCGACGCCCCGCUUACCAUGGUCCAGGGCGCACUGGACGCCGUAUUCGGGGGUCUUGUCGGUUCUCGCGGGCCGAGCAGUCGCGGCGGUAAGGACGACUCGCCGUCUCGCAUGCUAUUCGUGAGUUCGGUGGGCGAAUGGAUGACCGCACAGUCGGCGAUGGUUUCAGCGCAUAAGAGCCAGAUGGUUUGGUUUCGCUGGGGGUGGAUUACCAUUGGGCGGUAUAUGGUUGUGAAUGAUUUGCGGAGGGAGAGUGUAUGA